CAUAUAUAUACCUGUCCACACACUGCGCACCUGAACCGAGGGCAACACUCAGACAUGCAAGAUGACGUCCACGGACAACGACAUCAACCAACAUUUCCAGGAUGCAAUUGAUGUGAUUCAACAGCAUUCAAACAAUUCAUAUUACAAUUCAGAGUACACAUAUUAUGAGACUCUUGGUUCGCAGCAGCAAUCUCUGCAGUGUCAAAUCUCCUGCUGCCUGGUCACACACCCGUCUGAUGUACCGACUCCAGUUUACGAAUGGAAUGACAUGGCUCAGCAGUCCUGGCCUCAGGUCAUCCCGGAGGUUUCCUUGGGUCACUCUGUGCACUGCAAUGAAUCGCCUCAUUUCUACUCUAUCUUACCACCACAGAGGAACAGCAAAUCAGGUCGUAAGAAGCUCAGACUUUAUGAAUACCUCCAUGAAGCACUGAAUGACCCCAACAUGGGCGACUCAAUCCAGUGGACGGAUAACAGCAGCGGCACCUUCCACUUCAUCUCCAAGAACAAGGAGAAGCUGGCCGAGUGCUGGGGCCAACGCAAGGGCAACCGCAAGACCAUGACCUAUCAGAAGAUGGCCAGGGCACUGAGAAACUACAGCCGCACCGGGGAGAUCAUCAAGGUGCGCCGCAAACUCACGUAUCAGUUCAACCCAGACAUCCUGCACAGGCUGGGCUCGGCACACCUGCCCUGCCGCCCGGCAGCUCAGGAGGAGGCCCACCCCCGGCAGCCCAGCCCCGCCGAACAGAGCUACUGCGGCCCUGCAGCGGCCGACUGGCACACCUGGUACGGACACUACCAGCUGCAGGAGGACUAUGACCUGGCCUCCAGCUUCACUUCACAAAACACAACCAAACUCUGAGCUGCUUCUGAUCACUGAGGGGGAAAAUAACUUAAUAAGGUUUUUCAAAGACUUCAGUUUUUCCACUCUCAAACCUUCUGGGUCCACAUCCAGUCCCUGAAUCUACUACAGGCUAUGGGGCUAUUAAUGUAAUAAAAGCUGUUUAAAUAACCUUUAUUAUCAAAUGUGUAUGUUCCAUAAAGAGGAGUGUUACUGUAAAUGAAAUUGUAAAUGUGAGGGCUGAAUUAUAGAAGCCCUAGAUUUAAAUAAAAAUAAACACGUAAAUCUAACAGAAAAGUGAACAUUUGGAUAUAAUUAGAUUUAAUUGAAAUCAUGCUUCUAUUUGUGCUGCAACUUAUGGUAGCACAUUUGUAAUGAAGCUCUUAUUAAGGGUCUGAUUAACAAGAACUUAACAGGAGGUUUUCGAAAACUGAGCCCAUAUUUAGUCAAUUUACGUUUUGUGUCAAACAUUUCUUUUGUGGAUGUAUACACUGCCAGUAAAAUGUUUCAGUGUAAAUCAACUGUAAAUACUUUAAAAAAGACUAAAUGAAUAGUUUGAGAAACUUCUCUAAAGUUCAUAAAGAAUAGAGAUGUAUAUUCUAUUUCUAUAGAUUUGAUUGACAAUGUCCUAAAUGUUACUUUAAAGAAUGAUUUAGAAAUAUUCAAAGGACAAAAUGCAGUUAUAUAUUCAACGAUGCUUACAUAUACUUAUGAGGAAAAACACAAGGCGUAGGGUUAAGUUUUUCACUUUAGUCUGAGGAAUUAAAAGUUAUCUUUAAAAAAUAUAUAUGCAUUAUUUUAUAAGAUGGCAGCUAGAAGCAUAAAAAGGUGAACAAAUAGGUCACCUGCAACAGGUGUUCAUUUUAAACAAUUGACCCGUUGCAAUAAAAAUAACUCUAAGGUCUUUACAAGACGUGGGAGAGAUAAUGAGGAUUAUUUUAUAAAAAUUAUAACAAUUUCUACUUAUAAGUUUGUCUAUGGCUCCUGUUUUUUAAACAACCAGUUAUAAGCAUUACCUUAUGAAAUGUAAAUAAUUGUUCUUGUUUUGUAUACUGAUUAUCUUAUUGUGUAUAAAGAAAUGUUUGCUAUUAUU